CAUAUUCCUAAUAUUUCAUGUCUAUUCAUUUCUACCAUCCAUAAAGCUGUGUCUCGUAGAUCAGCCGCCGACCGGGAUUUCUGGUAAUCAUUUCAACGACCUAUCGUGGGUGGUGCAACCGACUUUAGAGGCUGGAAAACCAAAAAAAAAAAAAAGUGUACGAGUUGAAUGGCCUAAGAAAGGAUUUUGUGUGUGUUGCCGAUAGGUUGACGGUGAUGGGACUGGAGGCGACCCCGUCGGCCUAUUUGAGGAUUUCACCUCCGAAAAGCGAUUGUACGAGAAGGCGAGGGCAGAAGAUGAGAAUAUCGAGACGACGAAAGACGUAGCACGAAAGAAGAGAGGGGAGAUGAAUUUGGAAGUUGAAAAGGAAAAAAAUAGAAACAGACGAAAAGAAAAAACAGGGAAAGAGUUCCAGCUUUUUAGAGAAUAGAGGACGGAAUCGAGUGGCAGUUGUUUCACCGAUGGUGCCAGUGUUGGAUGUUGCUGCGGCACUUGACAAAAGUUGCCACCACUGUUGCUGCUUCUAGUGCUGCUGUGGACGCGGGGCUACAGUGUGACCGAUUGGUCCUUGACCAGAACACCCCAGACUAACAUUCGUCUUUCCUCUUCUUGUUCUUCCUCGUCUUCGUCUUUUUCUUCUUCAUAUUCUCCUCCUCCCCGCUCCUCCUUCCUCUCGUGGUGUUGUGUCCUGUCGCAUUUCGGGGGUUGCUGUGAGGGGUCUAGUAUCCGAUCCGCUCAUUGAUCAAGUCCAAGUCGCUCAGUCGCGUCCGUUGCGUCUGUGGCGGGCGGCUGACCAGUUCGCGCGUUGCGUCGUGAAUAUUUCAAAAAAUACUUUGAAAAAGUCGUUUUCGGCGGUUAAGCGCCUUCAGUGUUCAGGCUUCCAUCGAGCCCGGGAUAUCGUCGAGGGAGUCUCUCUCGCUCCAAUCCUAUCCUCUACUAACAUCUCUUGUCUGUCUACCUAACAAUCUAUCUCUCUAUUGGAUCGAAUUUGACCGAUUGGUUAGUGUUUGGUUGGACCUUCCGUUGUUGCUGUUUGUCGUUUGUUUUUUUUUUUCGUUUUUUUUUUUUUCGCGGUUUAAAAAAUUUCGUCCGAAGGCUGGAAUCCCUUUCAGUUGAAUUAGAAAUAUACGAACCACACAGUUCUGACGUGCCACAGCUAUAGUCUCUUUUAGUGGGGGACUGGAGUCAACAGGACUUUAAUCGCAUUGAAGUCCCUCCUACCCGAUUGAGGUACGGAGAAUGGGAACCGGAUCGCGGAGUGCAGGCCGCGAUCCUUGGCCCACGCUGGCAUCCAUCGCGGCCAUCAUCUGCUGGAUUAGCUGGAUACCUUUGACUGUUCACUCCGCCCUGCCGCCUGAUGCGGCAGAUUUGUUGGAAGCUGUGGGCAUUAGCCAACUACCCUUGGGUGUAGUAAAUACUACGGGUAUUUGCGAUCAGAGGGCGGUAGCUAUCGAUGACGGAAUUCCCGUCUACGGACGAGCUGAUCAAGCCUAUCGGCUCACCCAGAGAGCCGUUCUCACCGUUUCCACCGCUCAAGUCUUCCAAGAGGGAUUCCCCGAUGAUCUGAGCAUCGUUGCCACGUUGAGACCGGCCCAGGGUAUCAAUUCUGUUCUGUUUGCCGUCUACAGCGACGCCGGUGAUGAACAGUUGGUCGUUUCGGUUGGCAAAACCGUGACGCUAACCUAUCAAGAAGGCGAUGAUGAAGGCAACAGAAGUCCACCUCUCCAAGUCGAUUUUGGAGUUCGGAUGAACGACGGAAAGUGGCAUCGCCUGGGCAUUAGCAUUAAAGGUAAUGUCGUCACCCUCAUCAAAGACUGUGAGCAGCAAGUGACAAGGCCGUUGCCAAGGCAAGGGCAGAAGUUGAGCAGCUCAGGCAUUAUCCUCAUUGGGCAACAACUCUUGGAUGAAAGUUUCUAUUCGGGAGAUUUACAACAAUUGAUUUUGGUACCAUCACCCGAAUCAGCUUACGAAGUUUGCAAACAGUUUAUGCCAGACUGCAGCAAACCUGUUGGCAAAGUGGGCGAUUCAGGCCGUAACGGCGCAUCAUCUUCCAACACAAAACGGCAACUUCCUCUGAGUGUAACAGCCUCCGCUGGAGCCGAGACCCUGGUUUACGCCCAAGCUCCAAAUGGAAGCUUCGUGGAGAAUGAAGGAUCUGGGGAUGGUGUUGGUAUCGGCGGAAACAAUGGCGGCAAUUAUUAUUUGCCAGGACCACCAGGACCAAGAGGUUAUGCUGGGCCUCAAGGUCCGCUUGGUCCUCGUGGUCAAAAGGGUGAGCCCGGACGCGAUGGAUUGAAUGGCAAUUUAGGAAUCCAGGGACCACCAGGCCACGUUUUCAUGAUUCCGUUGAGUCUUCAAGGCAACGAAAAGGGACCGGAUGCCCAAGCUGAACAAUUUCGCCAGAUGCUCUCGCAACACAUGAUGGCCAUGCAAGGCUCUCCUGGACCGCAAGGUAUGACUGGUAUUCACGGCCCCACUGGCCCACCCGGAUCGGAAGGUCAGAAAGGAGAGCCAGGAGAUACAGGAGAACCGGGUCCUCGAGGUCUUCGUGGUAUGAUGGGUCUACCAGGCCGGGAAGGAAAACGAGGGCGACCUGGACGUGAUGGUGAGCGUGGUUCCACUGGUCCACCAGGAGUCAAAGGCGAGCAAGGCAUCCAGGGACUUCUUGGUUUGCCCGGCGAGAAAGGAGAUCGAGGUGAGAUCGGUAACACCGGAGAUGUCGGUCAGCCCGGACACGACGGCCAACAAGGUGAAGACGGACCGGCAGGUUUGCCUGGUAUGCCCGGUGAAAUGGGUCCACGAGGAUUCCCCGGACAGAGAGGUUUUCCUGGUCUUCCUGGACCUCCAGGAAUUCCUGGUAGUGAAGGUAUUACUGGUCCUAAGGGAAACACUGGUCCGUCUGGAGGACCCGGAGCUCCAGGUCAAACCGGACCCAAUGGUCCUAUUGGCCCACCUGGACCGCAAGGAGUUCUAGGACCACCUGGAACAGCUGGUCCUAGAGGAAAACCCGGUUUGCCAGGUUUACCCGGAGCUGAUGGUCUGCCAGGACCGUCUGGCAAUCCUGGAAAUCCCGGAUCUAAAGGUGACACUGGAAGCACUGGAGCUCAGGGUCCAGUUGGCUUCCCUGGUGUUCGAGGACCAAAAGGUGACCAAGGUGCGCGCGGACCAUUGGGAGAGAAAGGUGACAAAGGCGACAAGGGACAUGACGGUGAGAAAGGUGAUGUGGGUCAGAAAGGCGAACGAGGACCGCAAGGCCUUCAGGGUACUGCCGGUUUGGAAGGACCUGAAGGACCCAAAGGUUUCGAAGGCCCGCGAGGUGAAGCUGGACCACCUGGCCCGACGGGAGAGAAAGGAAAAUUAGGCGUUCCAGGUUUCCCUGGAUAUCCCGGACCACCUGGCGAAAAAGGAGACAAAGGCACACCAGGACGGCCUGGCACACCGGGCGAUAAAGGAGACCGAGGCAACACUGGAACUCCAGGAGAACGUGGAGAACAGGGUCCGCGUGGUUUCAGAGGAUCCCGCGGCCGUACGGGCAAACAAGGCGUCACAGGACCUAAAGGUGACACUGGACAGCCCGGCCCACCAGGCACACAGGGAGAGCGAGGUCUACCCGGAGCGGAAGGAGUCCGUGGACUUACCGGACAACAGGGUCUUCCUGGAAUUCAUGGCAAAGAUGGCGUAGCAGGACCACCGGGCGAGCGUGGACCACCAGGUCAACCAGGUGCUGAUGGGCCAAUUGGAGCUCCCGGAGUAGUUGGAUUACCGGGUCAAACGGGUGAGGGAGGUCCCACUGGAGAACCUGGUGAAGCAGGUCCUCCUGGUGCCCCUGGUGAGCCUGGACAUUCGGGUGAUGCCGGUAAAGAAGGCCCACAAGGACCCCCUGGUCCCCAAGGCAAGCAAGGUCCCAUUGGUCCAUCCGGAUUGCCAGGUUUCCCCGGCGAACGAGGUCUCGCGGGAUUACCAGGUAUGCCCGGACUUAAAGGAGAAAUGGGUCCUGUUGGACCAGCUGGCCCUGCAGGAGACAAAGGUCAGCAAGGCGAAUCUGGAAAAGAAGGACCCCCUGGUCCUGAAGGAAGAGCAGGUCAACAGGGAGCUGUUGGACCUUCGGGUGCCAAAGGUGACACCGGAGACCCUGGAAUUCCCGGUCCAACUGGAAGAGAUGGACUUCCGGGACAACGCGGUCUGCCAGGUCCACCAGGACCCAUGGGUCCGCCGGGUGAAGACGGUGACAAGGGAGAACCAGGCAAACCCGGUGAGAAAGGAUUUAAAGGAGGAAAAGGAGAUUCUGGACCUCCUGGUCCAAACGGCAAUCCCGGUUUACGCGGAGAAGUGGGACCUAUCGGUCCACCCGGAGAAAGGGGACCCCCUGGUGACAUUGGACGACGAGGUGGCAAAGGAGAGGACGGACCUCAAGGCCCUGGUGGACCACCUGGUCCUAUUGGUAAUCAAGGUCUUCCCGGCCCGGGUGGAACUAAAGGAGAGAAGGGUGAUUUUGGUCAGAAGGGACCAGUCGGACCUCCUGGUACCCCCGGUGAACAAGGAGCUACUGGUACAAAAGGUGUUCAAGGUUUACCUGGCGCCACGGGACCAGAAGGUCCUCAAGGACCUAAGGGUGAAACUGGAAAUACUGGACCACCAGGUCCUCCUGGUCAAGAUGGAGCUCACGGUAAACGUGGACCAGCUGGACCUAAAGGCGAAGAAGGCAAACCAGGUAUACAAGGCUCACCCGGACCGCGAGGUGUCGCUGGUCCCGAAGGACCCAAAGGAAGCCCUGGCAAUCCAGGCUUCCCUGGACCGAAUGGUGAGGCUGGUGAGCAAGGACCAAAGGGAGAACCAGGCAAAGAUGGUUUGGACGGCAAAGCGGGCGAAACGGGUCUUCCAGGAGAAGCCGGUGCUCCGGGCAAAAUGGGUUUGCCAGGCUCACCGGGCAAGCCUGGACCGGAAGGUCCUGCCGGUGUUCAAGGCAACACUGGCCAACCUGGUGACAAGGGUGACAUCGGCCUUCAGGGCUUACCUGGACCCCAGGGUUCGCCAGGAGAUCAGGGUGUUCACGGCCCACAAGGACCUCCAGGACUCCGAGGAUCUCCCGGACCCGCGGGUGACGUUGGACCUCCAGGCAAACCCGGCAAAGCCGGUAAUCCUGGACCCAAUGGUGAAGCUGGUAUAAGAGGCGAAAAGGGUGAUCGCGGCCGACGAGGACCUAAAGGACAUCGCGGAGAACUUGGAGCUGCUGGACGUAAGGGAGAAGUGGGAGAGAAGGGUGAGGCUGGUGAACGCGGAACUCAAGGUCCCGUUGGACCGAAAGGAGAAGCGGGACCACUUGGUCCGAUGGGUCAAAAAGGAAAUGACGGACCACAGGGCUUGCCCGGUCUUGAAGGACCACCAGGACCUAAAGGAGCCGAAGGACAAACUGGACCCAAGGGAGAUUCUGGACCUUCCGGACCUCCUGGACCUCCUGGUCCACCAGGAGAGCUGCCUCUUCUGCCUCCAGAAUUACUCUUCCAACGAGAUAGUCCAGCGACACCUGCCGGACGCAGGAAACGUGACUCAGCCGACGGAGAAGAAGAGUUCGACGAUCGCUAUAAGCGCGCAGUUGGUGGCAAGCCGGACGACGGACCGAAAGAGGAUUUGAACGGCAAACUGUUGGACAUGUACAGUUCGAUCUACACGAUGCGACAGGACUUGGAGCGCAUCAAGAAACCGCAAGGCUCCAAAGAGAAUCCGGUUCGGUCGUGCAAAGAUUUGUACUUUGGCCAUCCUCAAUUCAAAGACGGUUGGUACUGGAUCGAUCCCAACUUGGGCAUGCCGGACGAUGCCAUUUACGUCUUUUGUAACAUGACUGGCUCGGGCGAAACUUGCGUCUACCCGGACCUUCAGUCGUCCAAAAUGCCCAACAUUCCUUGGCGCAAGGAGGUCGGCGGCAAAGAAGAGUGGUACUCGAACAUGCGCGGCGCUUCCAAAGUGACGUACGAAACGGUGGGCGUGGUCCAGAUGACCUUCUUGCGCCUGUUGAGUCAAAAGGCUCAUCAGAAUUUCACCUUCACCUGUGUCAACUCGGCCGCAUGGUACAAUCAACGUACCUUUAAUUACGAUCAGGCCAUCAAGCUGCUGGGCGAUAACGAACAGGAAUUCAGCGCCAAAGGAGUCAGACCCAAUGUCAUUUUAGACGGGUGCAAAAAUCGCAAGGGCAGCAGUAAAACUGUGUUCGAGAUCCGCAGCGACAAGCUGGGCCAGUUGCCCAUCAUCGACUUCUUCCCGGUCGAUUACGGUCAACCUCACCAGGCCUUUGGUUUCGAAGUCGGUCCCGUCUGUUUCAAAUGAUCGCAUUCGUUCGAAUUUCGCAGCGAAUCAACGCCCAUCAACUUAAUCCAACCAUCACCAACAACAAUAAGCUAAACGACAAAGUAACGACGGGCCAAAAUGACGACGACGACACACACAUGCACACACACACACACAGAAAUAUUUACAAACCAUACAAACCCAGUGGAAGAAAACCAAACAAAAAAAAAAAAAUGUUUUUCUCACACACAAAUCAACCGGCGCAAGAUGAUAAACCAUUCGGAUUUAUGGUCGGUUCUUUAUCUCUCUGAUUUUUUUUUUCUUUUUCCUCGCCGGUUUUUCAUUUCUUUUCUUUUUUCUUCUUCCAUUAUUUUUAUUUUUUAAUAUUUUUAUUUUUUUUCCCCUUUAUAAAUAUUCGUAAAAACGCUUUGAAAACACACAAACAUCCUUUCUGGUUCCCGAUUCCGGAUGACUGUUGACUGACUGACGUUCAUUGACCGAAAGAAACACACACACACACGUAGAUCCAACCAAACAUACGCUCUCAAUCAACUGCGGCCUUGAUGGUUUUCUUUUUCUUCAGAAAUUCUCACGACAUGAACGAAGAGAAAAGCUUUUUACAACACGGACACAAAAACACCUUCUUUCCAUUAAAUUUUCGCAUUCUCUCUUUGACGAUUCGAUGUGCCACCGUUCUCUCUUUUUUUUUUCACAGUCUUUCCUUUCUCUCAUUUUUUGUUUUGUUUUUUAUUUUUAUUUUUUCACUUUCUCUCUCAAUGACUUUGUCUCUUUUUUAGAUUUUCAUGGAUUGACCACACCUUGUUUUAUUGUUUUUAUUAUUAUUUUUUUUUUCGCUAUCAAAAAAUCAACACAUACAUUACAAAAAACCGAGUGAUUUCAAAUGACACAUUUAUAGAUAGGUCGGGCUAUUUUAGUGGAAACCACAAUGUCACUCACAAAACCCAUAAAAAAAAAAACAAAAAAAAAACAAAAAUAUUUUCAAAAAAGAAAUUACUUGAUGGAAUCUGUAGAUGUGUACAACCUAAGCGAAAAGAUUUCAAUUUUUUCCUCUCUCUUUUUCUCUCUGUUUCUCAUAUUAUACUUUUGGCGUGGGGGGUCUGACGACAGCGCAACAACACUUUCAAAAGAAAAGAGAGAAAAAAAAAAAAAAGAAAAUCACUGCCACAAAAUAUAUUUUAAAAAUUUGUUUUGUUUUGCCACACACAUUUUGUAGAGCCCGCCGCAGAGCAGACGACCAAUUCUUUUUUACUAUUCUCUCUUUCUAUUACGUUUCGCCCUUUUUACAUCCUUCAUUUUUAUUUUUAAAAAAUUUGUUAAUGGAUGCCAAUCAUGUAUCGUGUUUAUUCUCUCUCUCUCUCUCUCUCUAUCUCUCUGUGGCUGCGAGCAUUUGAUUUGAAUUUGAUUUUUUUUGCAACAACAACAACCAAUAACAAGCUGUGUCUCAUUGUUCUCGUAAAUUUUUUCUCUCUCUCAUCUAGGGGGUUCAAGGUGGAAAGGAAAAAUUAUAUGAUUUGCGCUUUUUGUCAAAAAAAAAAAUGUGUCUGGUCUGAUGAAACAAUCUUUUUAUAUACAUUUUCUGUUUUUUUGCCUUAUAUACACAGCCUAACUCUA